CCAUGUGGGAUUCCUUGUGGAGAGACAACAAACAAGAACCACAACCAACAGAGAGAGAGAGAGAGGGUUCAAUAGAAGGGAGGUGUGUGCGUACUCUAGAUAGUAGAAAUGGGUGAAGCCGACGAGAUAAACUCGAACCCGGUAACACCGAGGCCGGCCGCGGUGAACCUGACCCCGCCCAUAUCGGCUCCGCCAUCCCAGUACCACUCCCCGUCCCUGUCAAGGUCUCCCCUCCUCACGGCUGGGGGCGACCAGAUCGAGGCGGUGCCCAAGACCAAGACUCCCAAGAGCAUAACCCCGAAAAUCUCGACCCCGAGAAUCUCUCUGACUCCUCGGUUCAUUACUCCCCUCGGGAGCCCGAUCAGGAGGGCUCUGCACCUCACGAAGCUCGAUCCCCAAGACGCCUGGCUUCCGAUCACUGAGUCUAGGAAUGGGAACGCGUACUACGCCGCCUUCCACACCCUUUGCUCGGGUAUCGGGAUUCAGGCACUAAUUCUCCCGGUGGCUUUCACCUUUCUUGGAUGGACAUGGGGAAUCAUAUGUAUGACUCUGGCAUUUAUAUGGCAACUGUACACUCUCUAUUUGCUGGUGCAACUCCAUGAAUCACAUGAGAACGGCAUGCGCUACAGCCGAUACAUGCAGCUUGCUAGUGCCGCUUUCGGCGAGAGGCUGGCGAAAUUAUUAGCGUUGUUCCCGAUUAUGUACCUCUCAGGAGGAACGUGCGUGGCCCUGAUCAUCAUCGGAGGGUCCACCUCGAAGAUGUUCUUUGAUCUUUUGUGCGCGGGAACCUGCAGCGCAGAGCAUCUCACUCCAGUCCAGUGGUACCUUGUGUUCACGUCCGCAGCCGUGAUCCUGUCUCAGCUCCCCAACCUCAACUCGAUCGCCGGUGUGUCGCUCAUCGGUGCAAUCACGGCUGUUGGGUACUGCACCCUGAUCUGGGUCAUCUCUGUUUCGGAGGGAAGGAUGCCUGGCGUCUCUUACAACCCGAUCCGAGGGAGCACAGAGAUUGCCAGGGUUUUCGAUCUCCUAAACUCGUUGGGGAUCAUCGCGUUCGCAUUCAGAGGCCACAACCUCAUUCUGGAAAUCCAGGCGACAAUGCCGUCCAGCGAGAAACAUCCAUCCCGGGUGCCAAUGUGGAGGGGUGUCAAGUUUGCAUACCUGAUCAUAGCACUGUGCUUGUUCCCUCUCGCAAUUGGUGGCUAUUGGGCAUAUGGUCACAUGAUCCCGGAAAAUGGUGGCAUGCUGACGGCCCUAUACGCAUUCCACGGUCAGGACACCGCUCAGUCCCUCCUCGGGCUGACAGCUCUGUUCGUGAUAAUAAAUGCGGUGAGCUCGUUCCAGAUCUAUGCAAUGCCUAUGUUCGACGACAUGGAGUCCAAGUUCACCAUGAGGCUGAAGCGGCCGCUGCCGUGGUGGCUGAGGGUCAUCCUGAGGGCAAUGUUCGCAUACGGGUGCUUCUUCGUGGCGGUGGCGAUCCCGUUCCUGGGAAGCCUGGCUGGGCUGAUCGGGGGGAUCGCGCUGCCCGUGACCCUUGCGUACCCGUGCUUCAUGUGGCUCAAGAUGAAGAGGCCCAAGAUGUAUGGCCCAAUGUGGUGGCUCAACUGGUUCCUAGGGGUCCUGGGCAUGGCCCUUAGCGGGAUCUUGAUUGCCGCCGGGGUUUACGUCGUCAUUGACACCGGCAUCAAAGUCAGCUUCUUUAAGCCUCAAUAGUAUAGUGCGUGAAAUCAAGAAGAAAAAAAAAAAUUAUUGGGUCAUGAGAGACAAAAAAGGAAAAGGAUAAAAUUUCAUGGAAAAGUAUAUAUAGAUAUUCAAUGUUUGUCAUUUGUUCUUCUUUUUCUUUUUUUUUUUAAAGUUUCUUUGGUGGGUUGUUGUGGAAUUUUUGUAAUGAUGUUCUCAAAACAGAAACUAAUUGACUCGUGAAAUGGAAUGGAUUCAUUUUGAAA